CGUGGAGGAAGCAGCCAUGCUGCGCACGCGCCCUCUGCUCGCUUGCUCAUCAUCCGCUGUGCGAACUUCUAGGGGUCUCAGAACCUUGUCAUACUGACCAGCGGAGCCCUCAGAGCAUCUGGCAGAAAUGUCUAAUGCAAAAGAAAGAAAACAUGCUAAGAAAAUGAGAAACCAGCCCAGUAAUGUGACUCUAUCCUCUGGCUUUGUGGCUGAGAGAGGUGGAAAGCACCAUUUUGGAGGGGGGAAGCCUUCCCAGUCUCAAAAACAAGAGCUUCAUUCCGGAACCUCACAGCAGUGGCAAAGCAAGAUGAGCCCCCACUUACUUCCCAAGUCUGAUGUGAAUGAGCAGUCUUCCUCCAAAACCAUGUUUAAGAAAAAAGGAGGCUGGAAAGCAGGUCCUGAGGGCACUUCACAGGAGAUCCCCAAAUACAUAACUGCUUCUACUUUUGCUCAAGCACGAGCUGCUGAAAUCAGUGCUAUGUUAAAAGCUGUGACCCAGAAAUCGUCCAACUCACUGGUUUUCCAGACUCUUCCACGCCACAUGCGACGAAGAGCCAUGAGCCACAAUGUCAAACGUCUUCCCAGACGGUUGCAGGAGAUGGCCAAAAAAGAGGCCGAGAAAGUUGCUCAUCAGAAAAAAGAACAGUCAAAAACUAAAUGCCAUAAAGCCCGAAGAUGUCACCUAAACCGGACGCUGGACUUUAACCGUAGACAAAAGAAGAACAUAUGGUUAGAGACUCACAUCUGGCAUGCCAAACGGUUCCACAUGGUGAAGAAGUGGGGGUACUGCCUUGGGGAGAGGCCCACAGCCAAGAGCCACCGAGCCUGCUACCGUGCCAUGACAAGUCUCUGCCUCCUGCAGGAUUUGUCAUAUUACUGUUGUUUGGAGCUGAAGGGUAAAGAGGAAGAGAUUCUGAAGGCGCUUGCUCAGAUGUGUAGCAUAGACACAGGGCUGACCUUCGCUGCGGUUCACUGCUUGUCUGGGAAGCGGCAAGGGAGUCUCAUGCUUUACCGGGCAAAUAGGUAUCCCAGAGAGCCGCUCGGGCCUGUCACCUUUAUCUGGAAGUCUAAGAAGGCCACAGGGGACACCUCUGAGGACAGGCAGUUGUGGAUCUGGCUUCACCCAACUCUUAAGCUGGCUGUCCUAGAGGAAAUAAAAGCAACAUGCCAGUGUUCAGAACCAAUCAAACCAAGUGUCUGUGUCCCUGAUCCUCUCCCGACACCAGCCCAGGAAGAAAGUCAACCUGAAUUAGGUGAUGACAAAAUUAGCAAGAAAAGGAAAAGGAAAGAUGAUGAAGAAAGUAUUAAACCAACUAAGAAAAUUCUUGGCGAUGGAACUAGAGACCCAUGUCAGCCACGUUCAUGGGUCUCUCCUACCACAGGGAUUAUAAUCAGUGAUCUGACAAUGGAGAUGAGCAGGUUCCGCCUGAUUGGCCCACUUUCCCACUGCAUCCUGACCUCAGCACUAAGACCUGCUCCUAUGCACACAGGGGAGGAGGAUGCAGAGGAGACACCCCAUCACUGGUGGAGCGACACUUGCAAGAGCUCAGAUGGUGUUUUUCUUCAUCAAAGACAGGAAGCAGUGUUCGAGUUGCUGGGAGGGAUAUCAUCACCUGCGGAAAUCCCUGCAGGUACUAUUCUGGGAUUGACAGUUAGGGAUCCGAGAGUAAAUUUGCCCCCACAGCGGUCCAGAGCUUUGCCUGAUCCAGAAAGAUACCAAGAUAAUGAGCAAAUUAAACAGCUGCUUCUGGAGGGUGUGCCUGUGGACUGUACGCGUAGCUUUAUCUGGAACCAGGAUAUCUGUAGGAGUGUCACAGAGAAUAAAAUCUCGGAUCAGGACUUAAACCGGAUGAGAAGUGAAUUGCUGGUUCCCGGGUCACAGCUUGUUUUAGGGCCUCGUGAAUCCAAGAUACCUAUACUUCUGGUUCAACAGCCAGGAAAAGUGACUGGCGAAGACCGACUGGGCUGGGGAAGUGGCUGGGACAUCCUCCUCCCCAAGGGUUGGGGCAUGGCCUUUUGGAUCCCAUUUAUCUACCGAGGUGCAAGAGUUGGGGGGCUAAAAGAGGCUACAGUACAUUCUCAGUACACACGGUCACCAAAUGUCCCAGGCGAUUUCCCAGACUGCCAAGCUGGCCUUCUGUUUGCUGAAGACCAAGCUAAGGACCUUCUAGAAAAAUAUAAAAGACGCCCUCCUGCCAAAAGGCCCAACUACGUUAAGCUUGGCACACUGGCACCUUUCUGCUGUCCGUGGGAACAGCUGACUCAGGACUGGGAGUCCAGGGCUCAGGCCCAAGAGACAGAUAUUACAGCUUCAAUGCCCAGUGCUCAAGGGAGUGUCCCAAGACCACCCGGAGUGUCUUGUGUCCCUGAAGAGAUCUGUCAACCAUCUGAUGAGGCAAGCAUUGCUGAAAACCAACCCAUGAAGCCAGAGGUCACAGGCUAUCAACCUCAGGCAUGGACUGAGGCAGUUCUGGAGCAGAGUGCCAGUGAGAAUCACAUGGCUCCCACUGGUAGCCCCGCUAGCCAGCUCUGUGUUGUUCGGAGUAGGGAGUUACGGAAGCAGCUGUCUGCCUGGUGUGGCCGCAGUUCUGAGGCCAGGAGGGCUCCCGGCAGAGGCCAGCAAGAACUGACCAGAAAGGCCUGCUUGUCCAUUCUGAAUGAUUUCCCCAGAGCUCUGGUGUGGGUCAGCCUGUCCCUGCUCAGGAAGGGCAGCCCCGAACCGCGCACCAUGAUUUGUGUCCCAUCUGAGGAGGACCUGCUCCAGCUCAGUCAGGAUCAGCAUUACCACGGACCCAGGGAGCCUAGACACAGCGACCCGUUCAAGAGCUUGAUUCUGAAAGAGAAAGAGAAGAAGAAAAUGGAGAAGAGGCGGAACCGAGACCACAUGGUACCCACAGGCCUGGCAGUAGAGGCAUCUGCAGUUGCGCCAGAAGCUCUGACUCGGGGGCUAUGGGCAGGCCCCCUCCCAGGACUGACGUCACACUGCUCCAGAGUUCUCCUGGGCUUUGUCACUCAGGGAGACUUCUCCAUGGCUGUUGGCUGUGGAGAAGCCCUAGGGUUUGUUAGUGUGACUGGCUUGCUGGAAAUGUUGUCCAGCCAGUCAGCAGCCACAAGGGGCCUGGUGCUGCUGCGACCGCCCACCUCCCUGCAGUACCGCUUUGCAAGACUUGCCAUUGAGGUGUGAAUGUGGGCUCACAGCCUGAUAUCCUAACUCUUUUUGUCAUCCCACAGAUAGUCCUGGCUGUCUCUGUCAUCUGAUUUAAAGUAGAAAGUAAAACUGCUUGGAAACAAGAAUUAAAGUUAUAGUUAUGUGGCUGAUGAUCUGUUUGCUUUAUCCUAACAAUCUGAGUGUUUUCCUGUUU